CGCUAUGGAGCAGACGUAUGGCGAGGUGAACCAGCUGGGCGGUGUGUUCGUCAACGGCCGCCCCCUGCCCAACGCCAUCCGCUUGCGCAUUGUGGAGCUGGCGCAGCUGGGCAUCAGACCCUGUGACAUCAGUAGGCAGCUCCGCGUAUCCCACGGCUGCGUGAGCAAGAUCCUGGCGCGCUACAACGAGACCGGCUCCAUUCUGCCCGGGGCCAUCGGGGGCAGCAAGCCCCGCGUCACCACUCCCAACGUGGUCAAGCACAUCCGGGACUACAAGCAGGGAGACCCUGGCAUCUUUGCCUGGGAGAUCCGCGACCGGCUGCUGGCCGACGGCGUCUGUGACAAGUACAAUGUGCCCUCGGUGAGCUCCAUCAGCCGCAUUCUGCGCAACAAGAUCGGCAGCCUGGCGCAGCCCGGACCGUACGAGGCAAGUAAGCAGCCGCCGUCGCAGCCUACGCUGCCCUACAACCACAUCUACCAGUACCCCUACCCCAGUCCCGUGUCGCCCACCGGCGCCAAGAUGGGCAGCCACCCCGGGGUCCCGGGCACGGCGGGCCACGUCAGCAUCCCGCGCUCAUGGCCCUCGGCACACUCGGUCAGCAACAUCCUGGGCAUCCGGACGUUUAUGGAGCAAACAGGGGCCCUGGCUGGGAGCGAAGGCACCACUUACUCUCCCAAGAUGGAAGACUGGGCCGGUGUGAACCGCACGGCCUUCCCCGCCACCCCCGCAGUGAAUGGGCUGGAGAAACCUGCCUUAGAGGCAGACAUUAAAUACACUCAGUCGGCCUCUACCCUCUCUGCCGUGGGCGGCUUCCUCCCCGCCUGCGCCUACCCGGCCUCCAACCAGCACGGGGUGUACAGCGCCCCGGGAGGCGGCUACCUCGCCCCGGGCCCGCCGUGGCCGCCGGCGCAAGGCCCUCCGCUGGCGCCCCCCGGGGCCGGCGUAGCUGUGCACGGCGGGGAACUCGCGGCAGCAAUGACCUUCAAGCAUCCCAACCGAGAAGUGGCUGACAGGAAGCCUCCCAGCCCCGGCAGCAAGGCCCCGGACGCCCUCAGUAGCUUACACGGACUGCCCAUCCCGGCCUCGACCUCCUAGGGGCAGCUCUCCCCGGACCCGAGCUUGGAGGGAACGGCAGGCGGACCCGGGCGCACAGGUCUGCGCAGCGGCCCCGGCAAGCUGCGCGGGCAGGACCGGAGGACAAGCGGCGGAGGCGGAGGAAGCCAGCGCCGGCCCCCGGGGUGCACGCCCAGCCAGCCCCCAGGCCCAGCCCUGCCUCUGUCCGGACCCACCACACUUCCUUUAUUGGCCUGGGUUUUUAGGCUUCUCUUAACUUUGGCUUUAGACUGUUGCACCCUCCUCACAAUCCUUGCUCUGACGUGGCCUCCCUCGCUCUGCCAGCCUCAGAUUUCUUUUUUGUCACUCUCUUGUCCGUCUCCGUCUCGCCUCUCUCCCUCUUUCCUUCCCUUCUCUUUCUUUCUCA